CGAGAAUUCUUCCACCAUCGUUAGACUUCGACUCUAAUAUUAAGCACAGCCACGGCCGUUGAUAUGGCUUUCACAUGUGCCCCCCAACCUUCCACGCCUCAGCGUCUCGACGCAUCCAAACUUAUCUACACCUACACCAAUAGCCCAAGGGAUGUCCCAGACGCGGCCAAUGCCUGUACCGGCGACGAAACGAUCUGCACUGACCAUAUGAUCUUGGCGACAUGGCACGCGACCAAGGGCUGGUCCACCCCCGAGCUAAGGCCCUAUGGCCCUCUGAGUCUCAUGCCAACGGCGUCGUGCUUGCACUAUGCGACCGAAUGCUUCGAAGGCCUUAAGGCAUACCGCGGCUACGACGGCAAGCUCCGUGUCUUCCGCACAGAACAUAAUGCAGCUCGCAUGCAAAUGUCCUGCAGCCGCAUUUCUCUACCCUGCGUGGACGCGACAGACCUGCAGCAACUAAUCCAUGCUCUGCUUGCAGUUGAUGCGCCCAAAUGGUUGCCCGAAGACCGCGCCGGAGACUUCCUUUACAUCCGACCAACGGUCAUCGGCACCCAACCGUCUCUCGGCGUCCAGGCGCCGCAGAGCGCGACCAUGUACAUUCUCCUUGGCUACAUGCCCCGCGUCGACGCUGUGCCCUGUGGAAUGAAGCUGCUGACAUCCCCGAAUGACAUGGUUCGUUCCUGGAUUGGAGGCUUCGGCUAUGCCAAAGUCGGCGCGAAUUAUGGGCCCUCGGUACUUGCUUCGCAGGCGGCCGCCCGUGAAGGGUUCCAUCAGACACUGUGGCUCUAUGGAGAGGAUGGCGAAUGUACUGAAGCUGGGGGUAGUAAUUUUUUCGUGGUCUGGCUGCGAAAGGAUGGCAAGAAAGAGCUCGUCACCGCACCCCUGGAUGACCAGCUCAUCCUUGACGGGGUCACGCGGCGGAGUUGCCUAGAGCUCGCGAGAGAGAGGUUCAGGGAUCUAGUGGUUACCGAGCGGAAGUUUACUAUUGAUGAAGUCAUUACUGCAGCUGCUAAUGGUUGUCUGUUGGAAUCGUUUUCUGCGGGAACGGCGUGGUUCAUCACUCCGGUCUCGCACAUUCGACAUCGAGGGCAGGACAUCAUGAUUUCAAUGGGAGCGCAUGGUGAAAUGGGAGAGGUGACUGGGAAGAUCAAGAGCUGGCUUACUGAUAUCAUGUAUGGGCGGGCAGAUCACCCUUGGGCUGGUGUGAUUACGGAGAAGAAGUGGUAGAAGAUGUCGUAUCGUUGCAUUGUUCGCUGCUUCCGUCACGAUAUAUAGAAUCUUCAAUAGACAAAUUCUGAAGAAACAUGCCCGCACA